UCUGUGUUCACUCUGCUCAGUUGGCAAGAUGGCGUCGGAACCGAACAAGACAGAAAUUCUCACAAUUUUUAAACGACUACGCUCCAUCCCCACAAACAAGGCCUGCUUUGACUGUGCUGCUAAGAAUCCGAGUUGGGCUAGUAUUUCAUAUGGAGUGUUUCUGUGCAUUGACUGUUCUGGAAUUCAUCGCUCAUUGGGAGUGCACUUAAGUUUUAUCAGAUCCACAGAGCUGGAUUCUAACUGGAGCUGGUUUCAACUGCGAUGUAUGCAGGUGGGAGGAAAUGCCAAUGCGAUGGCGUUUUUCCGUCAGCAUGGCUGCACCACCAACGACACCAAUGCAAAGUACAACAGUCGUGCCGCUCUGAUGUACAGAGAGAAGAUUCGACAUCUUGCCAAUACUGCACUCUACAAGUAUGGCACUGAUCUGUGGAUUGACAGCUCCAGCUGUGCUCAGCCAUCACCUUCCGAGAAAAAAGAGACCGAUUUCUUUGAUGUGCACACACAGCCUGCCAACAGCUGGGACAUGGCAUCACCAUCCCUUACCGAUCAGAAUGGAGCAGUUACUGUGACCCCUCAACUGGAGCAGAGCAGCCUUAAGACUUUAGAGCCUACUAGCACCCAGCCUGAAGAAGGUCCGAGUAUUGAAGGACUGAGCACAAGUCCUAAAGCCACAAUAGAGGACUCAAUGAGAUUGGCGUCAGGCGAGACACAAGCUCCUAAAGAAGUUAAAUCCUCAAUCAUUGGAAAGAAGAAGCCAACCACAGCAAAGAAAGGGCUUGGCUCUAAAAAGGGCCUUGGAGCCCAGAAGGUGAGCGGCAAGAGCUUCAAUGAGGUGGAGAAACAAGCCCAGGUGGCUGAGAAACUGAGAGAGGAACAGUUUACUGAGGCCAAGAAACAUGCUCAGGAAUCCAUAGUGGCCUCAAUGCGACUGGCCUACAAAGAGCUGGAGAUUGACAGGAAGAUGGAGGAGAAGAAACUGCAGAACAUGGCGGGGAAGAAAGAACAGGCGGAGAGGUUGGGCAUGGGAUUCAGCAGCAGGAGUGCCGUGUCUCACUCUGUGAUGGCUGAGAUGCAGGUGAUCGAGCAGGAGACUCCAGUGGGAGUCAAAUCCUCCUCUCGAUCCAAGCUGGACAUGUUUGAUGAGCCUGGAUUUGCCUCUGGACCACCCAAAUACAAGGACAACCCUUUCACUUCAGGCGACAGUUUUGGAUCACGGUGGGACAGUGAUGGAGCAUCAUCUUUCUCCUCCUGGGCUCUGGAGAACGAGGAGCCUAAAGAGAGCGAGGUCACAAUCUCAAGCAUCCAGCCAAUCGGAGAAAGGUUGCCCAGCCGACGGAAGCCUGAGAUGUCUGUGCCAGUCACAGAGUCUAGCGAAGCGCGGCAGAAGUUUGCCACUGCUAAAGCGAUCUCAUCGGACAUGUUCUUUGGCCGUGAGAGCAACCCAGAGUAUGAGGCAAAGACUCGUCUAGAGGGAAUGUCUGGCAGUACCUCCAUCAGCUCUGCUGACCUGUUUGGUGAAGGCAAUGACCGUUCCACAGGCUCAUCAGGAUUCGACAGUGUGCUUCCCUCUGGUCCAGACAUUGCCCAGUUCAAGCAAGGUGUGAAGACUGUAGCAGGGAAGAUGGCAGUGCUGGCUAAUGGUGUUAUGAACACCAUUCAGGAUCGCUAUGGCUCUUACUAACUGGACUGCUUUAGGCUGACAUGGAAGUCUCAUCGUACAGGACGCACAUCACUGCUGAUUGGAUUGGUCUGUCUGUCUUAAAUGAAUACACGAAUCAGAGACUGAGAGACAAAGACCUGGGAGCUCCCAAUCACCCCUGAGACCACUGUAGACAUUCUCUCGCUGACAGUAUUUUAUUUACUUUUGGAAGACUAAUUUUAUUUGCAGAUAACCGAAGCACCGAGAAAGAAUGUAAAGUUUGUUUUCAGAAUCACAGUGCUUUCUGUUUAAAUAACAGUCCUGUUUUUAUGCCAUGUGCUGGUCUCUGAUUUCACAUAGUGAUGGAUUUGAAAAGUAUUCUCUCCGGAAUUAAAUGUAUAACUAAAUUUUACAGCGCUAAAAUUCUCUUUCUUUUUGCAUUUUAAUGACAUCAUAUUAAGACAACAGAUCAUUCAUUAAAUGAGGAAAGGGAACCAUAUGAUGAAAUAUAUAGGCCUAUUUAUGAAAUUUGAACCCAUUUCUUAAACUCAAUCAUUAACAUUGGGAUGUAUUACCAAGACAAAGUUAUGAAUGACUGGUAAAGUGUGUUGCCUUUUGCUUGAGGUGGUUUGAUGUACAUCCUAAAGUUUAGGUUUACUUUAAAGCAAUGUUUAAAAAUAACAGUAAUAUUGUGCAAUAUGACUUAUGUCAAGGUUUUAAGGUUUUGUGGAUGCAACCGCAUGAGUGACACCUGGGAGUUUAAGUCAAGACUUCAGGACCGAACAGUUUGGUGUGCAUUACAUUUGAGUCAGAUUCCCAGGAUUUACUAACUUUCACAUUUACAAAUAAAUUUGAUUUAAAAGAAAAUAAAAAAAAAUCCUCAAAGCAGAAUCCAAACUGAGGGUUUUAGUGAUGAGACUACCAAAAAUGAAAGGUGAUGUGUGCAGUUUCAGCACCACUGGUGGCACUGAGAGGAAUUGCAAUCUGAUUGCGUGAACCAACUGGGUGGGACUUAAUAUCAGCUCAACCAAUUAUGUGAGGUUAGGGCAGACCAAACAACAUGUCACAUUUCUUACUUUUGCAAUUCUGUUUUGCACCCCUAGUUUAACUUGACACUCAGUAUAGUUUGCAUUUAUGUUUUGUUUAACAAAAUAUCGACUGACUAAAAAUGAAAACAAUUUUUAUUGAAAUUAACCAAUUUUAGUGAUGUCAGUUUUCUGGUAAUGUGCAAAACUGUUUCAUGCAUCAAACAAUGCCUGUUUUCUUUCUUUGUUUGGGGUUUUACCAUACUGUAAACGGGGAAAUUAUUUGUUUUUGAGCUCUUCACAGAUUAUAAUAAAGAACAACAACCCUCCGGAAUAAAUACUAUUUAUUGUUCCCUGUUGACAAAAAUCUGUUGAGAUUUGAGUGAAUAAAGAUUGAAAU